CACUACUUUAACUUCAAGAAAAUGAAAAUUUCAUUUAUUUUAAUCUGAACUGAGCAUUCGGCAAGUUGGUUAGAUAUAAGUUAAUAAUUACAGUCGAAACAUAAAUAUGACUUUAAUAAAUACUGGAAAUUUAUAAGGAGACACCACGUUCCCUUGACUUACCGUUGAUUGUAUAUUUAAAUAUAUCUUAAGCAAAAUUAAAUUGUGCAAUAUAUUUGUGUAUAGACUGAAAAGAUGAAAACGCAAGAAAGAUUUCAAAUGGUUGAAUUUCCUGAAAUGUCUCAGGAUGGAAAACUUCAUCGGGGCUAUCAGAUGGGCCGCCCAGCGCUGGUACGGAAGGGAGGACAGUAUAGAAUUUCAUACAAAGGUAUGGGUCAAAGAAGCAAGAGAUUCUUCAUGGACUUGUAUCAGAGUCUAAUUGACAUGAAAUGGAGAUAUGUGUUAAUCGUCUAUUGUGCAAUGUUCAUGUUAACGUAUCUGCUUUUCGCCAUACUGUGGUAUGUUAUUGCAUACUCGCAUGGAGAUUUCGCGCACUAUGGAGAGAAAGGUUACUACCCUUGUAUCCACAAUAUGAGGAACUUUGCGGAUGCAGUUCUUUUUUCCAUUGAAACCCAAACCACAAUAGGGUUCGGAACCGUAUGGCCGGAUGCUGAAUGCAUGGGAGUUCUUCCGUUGGUUUACCUACAAGUCACAGUUGGUUUUCUAUUGGAGACUGUUCUCCUUGGCUUCAUGCUGGUGAAGGUUGCCCGUCCAAAGAACCGAAGAAAAACAUUGGUUUACAGCAGUGUAGCAACUAUCGUCAAGGAAGAAGGUGAAUUGGUUCUUCAGGUACGUCUCGGAGACUUGAGAAAAUCGCAUCUCGUUGACACGAGAUGCUACGGUAUAUUCAUAAAAGACAAAGUUUCUGCGGAAGGGGUCCAUUACCCAUUGUUUCAGCAUCACAUGGAAUUUAAUGCUCACGGUAUGGACGAUAGAGUAUUCUUAAUUUGGCCUCUUGUGCUCAACCAUAAAAUAAACGAAGACAGUCCUUUGUACAAUAUGAAACCAGAAGACAUUUUGCACGCCAACAAUUUUGAAAUUGUCGUCAUUUUAGAGGGCACGAUAGAAUCCACAGGUGAAAUUUGCCAGGCAAGAACUUCAUACACAUCCAAAGAUAUUCUAUGGGGAUAUAGAUUUGAGAACAUUGUAGAAUUUGACCACGAGCAUGGAAAAUGGCGCGCAAAUUUCAAACUGUUUGAUGACGUAGUGCCAUGUGUCACACCAAAGUGCAGCGCGAAACAAUUCCACAACCUGACAAGAGGAACUGGAAACCUAGAGAGGGGAGAUGAUACGGGAAAGCCUGUUUUGAGAAAAGCAGUUUCACACAAAGAGUCCCUGAGCAACAUCGAUGAGAGAGAAACAAGCAGUCUCGUCCGAAAUCUAAAAGAAAGUCUUGCAGAAAACAGAUUUUAAUUCAAAUGUCCAAUCGGCGAUCACCCAUAAGACCCACAAGAUUUAAUGGCACACAAAGAGAGAACGUCCGAUAAAAAAAAACUCAAUUCUUUUUGUAUAUAUUUUUGUACAUUUUAUGCUCUUUUUUUUCAUUUCUUGUGUAACAAUGAAAUAUGAAUUGUGAAUAAAAUUUGAAAAAUAAUAAUUGGUUUGUACCUUUUCGUUAUGAAUGAAAAUGACAGCCAUAAAAAUUGCCAUAUAAAAGAGGUGUUCAAAAUGUUGUAUUUUUAAAAUUCAACAAUUGCUAAAAACUGAUACUGAAUACUAGUAGUCGUUGAAUUUUUAAAUACAUAUAAAUGUACCAUUUGAGCAGAUCUUUCAAUUCUCAAUUAAAAGAUGGAUUUAUUAGGACCAAGAUGUUCUUUGAUUUUAUUUUUCAUUUGCUUUCAGCAAUAACUAAACAUUGAUAUUGAGAACUAGUAUUAAUCGUUGAAUCUUUAAAUACAUAUACAUGUAGCAUUUGAACAGAUCUUGGAUUUCUUAUUUAAAAGGGUAGAUUUAUUAGGACCGAAAAUGUUCGUUAAUAAUGUAAAUGUCGUAUAACUUUAAAAUGUUGUUUCUCUAAUUUUAAUUCACAGGAUACAAAACGUAAAAAUCCCUAACUUAAUUUACAUAUCAAUAAGGAUUUUACGCCACAAAAUCAAGAUGAGAGUGCGGCGAAUUUGUUCUCGUAGGUUAUGUUCCAAGAUGUUUUAAAAGUUUUGUAGCUGUUUACCUCACAUAUGCUCUAGCAAAGAAGUAUAAAUACAUUUUUUUUUUAUUAUUUUCACAGCU